AACGAACCGACUAAACCCCACGCAUCCCGAUGUACAAAACCCGCCCGCGGCUUUCUCUCCCUCCUUCCUCCCAUCUUCGUCCCCAAGGAAACAAUCCGGGGGAAUAAAAAAAAUUCCUGUGAAAUUAAAGGAAGGCGAUCCCCAGUCCGAUCCCUCCAAUCCCCACUUCCAUCCACCCUCAAAGCCGCGAGCUUUCCCCUCGCCCGUGCUCCAGGGCGCGUGGUUUCCGGAUGGCUUUGGAGCUGCGGCUGGCGCCGGCGGCGGCGGAGGAGGAGAGGCGCCUGUCCGAGGAGGACGAGCUACUGUUCCAGGACAUCGCGAGGGAGGUGGGGCGGCUCGGCAUCCGCGAGACCGAGGUUGAGGCCCAGGGGCGGCGCCAGGAGGACGCGGCCGCGGCGGACGGCCUCCUCCCACUUCCGGCGGUUCCUGAGCGCCCUGGGCAGCAGGGGGGCCUGUACCGGCCUCCCUUAUCCGUGACGAGGGUUCUGUCGCUCGUGGUGCAGGAGGCCGGCCCGGUGCCGCCGCCGCCGACGGGGGUACCCGGCGGCCGUAGGGUGCUCGACGAAUGGCACUUCCCGGGCGAUCAUCUCGGCCGCGGUCGCGCCCCUGUCCACCAGAACUUCCGCGCCGCGGGAUCCGUGCCGCCGCGCGCCACCUGGUCUGGCGACGCGUACGCCCGCGCAAGGGCGUUUCCUGGGCGCGCCGCCAGCACACAGCUGGUCGAGGACAUCGUCCUGUUUCUCGCCAAGAACGAGCAAACGGUGCUCAACAUGCUGUUCUGGGGAGCCCCCGAGGACGCGGACGCCGUGGCAGCGGUGAUAGUCCAGCACGCCGUCCCUCUCAUCGAGAGCAGCCACGGGACCCGCCUGCUCGUUGUCGUCCUCAACCGCUGCAACCAUAUGCUCCAGGAAGCGAUCGUCGCUAGAAUCACUCGAGACCACAAGAAGUUUUUCAAGAUUUGUGCUGCGAGGUCAGGUGAGGUGGUGAGCAUGAUCAAUUCCUGCAUAUCCGAGAAAUCACUGGAGCUUCUGAGAGAUGCAAUCGUGCCAUGGGUGACUCCGUUUAUGAUGGCUCGCCUUGUAACGGAUUCGAGUAGACUCAUGGUGGUGCAUGCCUUGGUGCAGUGUGUUCCUCAUCCAUACUUUGCUGAGUUUAUUUUUGAUGCUGUUGCUACGAACUGCUUAGCACUUGCUAUUCAUCCACAUGGAGUGUCCCUCCUGCAAAGUUGUCUGGAGCAUGUCGGAUGGACAGAAAAGGAUAAUGUUUUAUCAAAAGUCUCUUGUUGCAGCACUGAUCUUGCUCAAAAUCGUUUUGGAAACUACAUUGUUCAGUACGUCCUGAAACAAAGAAACCCAUCGUACUUGGCAAUUAUCGCAUCCCGCUUCAGGUCUAAUUAUGUGACACUCUCAAGACAAAGAUAUAGCAGCAAUGUGGUUGAAACGUGCCUAGAAGUUUUUAAUGACAGAGAUCGAUCUAACAUUGUUCAUGAAUUGAUUCUGUAUCAUCCCUUCAGAGAUUUAGUGUCAGAUGAGUUUGCUAAUUAUGUCAUCUCUAGAGCCCUUACAACCUGCAAGGUUCCUCUUCGGGAUCGAUUGGCCACUGCUAUCCUUUCCCUUCAAAAUGUCAAUCGCCGUCACCCUCAUUGUCUGAAGAUGUUCAACACACUUUCUGAGCUUGGCUACAGAUAUUGAAAAGAAAAUAAAUUUCAGACCUAAUAGGGUUUCGGGAGAAGUUGUUCCUUUAUAUUAUAAGCAGUUCUGGCUGGGGAUGUUGUCAACUCAUCUGGUGGGCGUCGUUCCUUUUGUAGUGUGCUGGUCACACUUUGUCUCGAGAUUAGGAUUGUUUGGGCGAGGGGUACCAAAACUCUCUUGAGACAAAUACCCCCAUCCAAACACACCUUUUAGUUUGUGUGAACUUGAAUUUGCCUUGUGGUUUGUUGUGCCCAUUUCUGUAUGUGAGAUGUCUCCAGGCGUUGUUGUUAGUUGUUACUUCUGUAGUUUGCUGCCUGUUGUUAAAAAGAGUGAACAAUGGUUGUGUGAGAUGUUAAGGUGGUUGUGCGACUAGUUUUUAUCAAUGCUGUUGUGGAACUUCAGUAUUCUAUUUCGCAAAGCAUAUUCAA